AUGAAAGUUUUAGGAAAAGAUGAGCUUAUAACGAAAUUUGAAACUUUCAUAGUAAUAAAAAAGGAAUUAGAAUAUGCUAAAAAUAUAGAUAAACAUUUAUAUAAUAACUUUUGCUUAAAAAAAGAUGAUGUAUUUAGAGAUAUUUAUGAAAAAUAUUUUAUGAAAUUGAUUUCUGACAAAAUUUUGUACAAAAGUAUUCAAAAAUAUAUUAUUGAUACGUGUCCACAUAUAAUUCCAAGAGAAUUAAAUAUAAAAAAUUAUGAUAAUUCUAGUGAAGUACUUAGUAGUAUUUCUGAUAAAAUUGUUAAUUUUAUUAAAGAAAUAGGUAUUUAUAAUUUUGAUAAAAAAGAAAAAAUUCAAAUUGUGGAUAUUAAUUGUGAAAAAUUUGUUGAUCUCUAUGUUAUUUUGAACUAUGGAGAAAAAAAAUGUGAAGAAAACAAAAUUGAACAUAUUUUAAAAUUAUUAAGAAAUGUGCAUAUUACAAAUUCAAUUCAAAAUGAGCAAUAA